AUGUUUCGCCCCAACACAGGCAUUGAUUUAAACGACUUUCCCGCGUUAGGCUCACCAGCAUCCAGUACUCGAACACCUAAUGCUGGUUCUUUACCUCCUCAACCUCCUUCCUCAUCGCUUUUACCAUCCAAUCGAUUCGCGAAUUAUCCAUCCACACCCUCUAAUUCAACUCACCUUCAAGACGCACUUCUUGGUACCGGUUCAGCAGUAACAGCAGCAGGAAAUAGUAAUGCAGCAGUAGCAAACGAGUUUGGUGUGGUCUCUGGGUCAUCGCCAUUAGGAUCCUAUCAACCUGUACAUAGUGCAACAGCAGCAGCUGCCGCUUACGCUGGUCAUGGCGAUCACCAUGUUCUCGCGAAUGCUCGAAGUCUGGCACCUAGAACGUUUUCAAUGGACGAGUUCCCUGCUUUAAGAAGUUCCUCCACUGCACCAGGAGCAGCAACACCUUUUGGCAACGAUCUUUCAGCGGCAAACUCACUUGCAUCAAAAGGUGCUGUAGGUGGUGAGCCAUGGGAUUAUGCAUCAGCACGAGAUUCCAUGUCAAGUAGUAAACAGUAUGGUGCACCAGGUAUUAGAAACGACAUGCUUGGAUCAUCUCAAUGGUCCCGUGGCAGCAAUGCAGGCGAAUCAACGCCAUCGCAAUCAAGAAAAUCCGUUGGAUCCUCUCUUGCACGAGAACAAGAUGGCAAAACAUCAUCAACAACACCUGUUAGUGGAGCAAGUAGUGGAAGCAAUAGUGAUGUCAAAUCGGGCGAUUCGUACGGGCUAUUAGGAUUACUGGGAGUAAUAAGGAUGACGGAUCCAGAUCGGAGCAUGCUGGCACUCGGCAGUGAUUUGACAACGUUAGGCUUGGAUUUGAACACUGCAGACUCUAUAUAUUCGACUUUUAUUUCUCCAUGGUCAGAUACGCAAACGCCACCAGGUUUGAAUGUGGAGCCGGGCUAUUAUCUUCCUCCAUGUUAUCGUACAGUACACGCCACGCCACCAGCCCAUCAACGUAUGCGGACAUUUUCAGAUGAAAUUCUGUUUUAUGUCUUUUAUUCAAUGCCAAAGGAUGUAGCACAGGAGGCAGCAGCACAGGAGUUAUAUGCACGGAAUUGGCGUUAUCAUAAGGAAUUGGGCAUGUGGCUCACCAAGGAGACUGAUGAGAAUGGUCGACCAGUACAAGGAUGGCGGCGGACAACACCAAAUCCUGUUGAUCGGGGAGUUUAUGUUAUCUUUGAUCCAACAUCAUGGUCAAAAGUGAAGCGGGAAUGGACGUUGCCAUGGGAUGCUUUGGAAGAACGACAACCCCAACCACAACAGCAAUCAACCCAAAGUGGUCCAUCAUCACAACCUCGGCCGCAGCAGCAACAACCACAACAACAACCUGGUAUGAGCAUGUCAAACACUCCCACCGGCAUUUCUCCAGGUCUAGCUAGCAGAGGUGUCAUGAUAUAG